AAAGUUGGUACCGGCUGAUCGAUUGCGAGUUAGCAGCCACGACCGCACGAGCGUCAAUUUCGCUCCAAGCUCCUCCUGCUCAACCGCGCGUUGAUGGCGGGCUUCAAUCUCUUCCGGCUGCGGCCGUUGGCGGAGUUGUUGCCGGAGGUCGAGGGCCCCGCGGAGGCCGUUCCUUUCCGGCGGAAGGCGGCCUACACCGCCGGCUCGCUCCUCGUCUUCCUGGCGGGCAGCCAGCUCCCGCUCUAUGGGAUCCACAACAGCCGGGCCGGGGCUGCCGACGACCCGCUCUACUGGGUCCACACGGCCUACGCGGCCAACCGCGGAACCGCCAUGUCCCUCGGCGUUUACCCCCUCCUCAUGUCCGAGUUGAGCACCCACCUCCUCCUGGGGUCAGGGGCCAUUAAUCCCCUCCCGGAAAACCGUCUUCUCAUGACCGGAGGGCUGAAGAAGGCGCUGGGGGUGUUGUUCUCCGCCGCGAUGCCGGUCCGCGACGUGCUAUCCGCGACCUACUUGGGCGCCGGGAGCGCGAUCCUUGUCGUGCUGCAGAUCUCCAUUGGAAGCGUCGUUCUCAUUUAUCUCGACGACGCUCUUAGAAAGGGCUAUGGCCUCCUUUCCGGCAUCCCGUUGCUCACCUCCGCACAUGUUUGCGCAACUCUUUUCUGGAGAGCCUUCAGAGACGGCGCACAUGGAAACCUAGCGGCGAUGUUUGCCUUCUUUCUGCUUGUGUGCGGAUUGCAAGGCCUGCAUGUCGCGUUGCCACUGACAGAUGAUGCGCCUGCUGCUAGGUUUCAGUCCAACUACAGCAUCAGCAUAUCCUACCUCGCCUAUGCCCCCAUCAUAUUCCAAGCCACGCUUGUUGCAUGCACAUAUACAUUCUCAGAGCAAUUAUUUACGGUAUUUGGCGGAAACAAGAUCGUCAACCUGCUCAGCAAGUGGGAGAGAUCUAAACGUUUUGCAGGGUUUAUUCCAGUAAGCGGGGUCGCCUACUACCUAACUACGCCACCAACCUUGGCUGAUUCAGCAAGAGACCCGGUGCACGCGUGCCUCUACGCCGCCUUGCUGCUCAUGGGAUGCGCCCUCAUAUCGACGGCCUGGUUCGGGCUGUGCAGAUACUCAAGGAGGUACGUGUCUAGGUUGGUCGGGGAAAGAGUGACCGUGACGCCUGCGCGGGCCGGCUCGAUUCGCCUCAGCCGAUGUAAGGCCCGUGUCACCAUGGUGGCCUUCGUCGUUGGACUCUGUGUCGGCGCGCUGACCCUCCUUGCGGGCUUCAUGGGCGUCAGCGGCUCCGGCACUGGAAUUAUGCUCGCCGUCACCGGCAUAUACUCUUCUUGUUUCGACACCAGAGCUUCUUCUGGGAUUGAUGCAAUUGGACUCUGACUUUAGGACUCUUGGUCUACAUUAGGUGUACUAGCAGUCUGAUUGUUCAGCGAGAGAAGAAUAGUGGAGUAGCUAGUUGCUACUGUGCAUGUAUUACUAAUUUGCCGCAUCAAAUAUGUCUGGUUGGAUUCUGAGGUUGGCGUAGUUGUACUUUGAUUGAUCAGCAAGAGUAGAACUUAUAUGCUAAUGCUACUAGUAGAAUGCCCGUGCGUUGCCACGGGCUUUUAAAAUUUUUAGUGGUUGCAUAUACAAACAUAAUGCCUGUCAAAUUUCACAUGUGUAGAAAAGAUAUUUCCGGAUGACA